AUGCAUUCACAUUAUGACAAGAACACCAUGGAUAUUUACAUUCAUUCUAUUUGCAAAAAUAAAAUGAAUAACAUAAUGAAACAAACCCCUAUGGAGAACGUGCAAGAACUAAGGGAUGCAGCUUGGUUUGGGCUGGAGAAGCAAAAAAGAAGCACUGGCUGGCUAAUUUUGCUUGAUAUAAUUAGUCCAUCAAUGAGUGCCUUAGGGGUUGGCAUAGAGAAUAAGUGCAGGGCAUACGAGUCACUCAACAAACAAGGAACCCACAUAAACAGCCCAGAAAUACUUCUUUCCCCGCUUACGCACGAUAAAGUGCAUAAACAAAUAAGCAAGGAUGUGCUUAGAAUAGAGUGUGAGGUAAAGGGAGUAGAUACGUCUAAGAGCUACAUCCGGGCAAUGGCAAUAUUCUCUAAGAGAUAUCCUGUGAUAAGCUAUGUCCAAGGGAUGUGCGAUAUUUUCAAGUUGUUCAUGGAUGUGCAUUCCAUCUCGCAUGAUACGCAUGUGGCUGAAGCCCUUUCGUAUUUCUGCUUUGAAAAGAUUGUCAGUAAGUACUUGGACUAUUUCUCUUCAAGGCAGGUUGGAAUUGAAAGAUCCAUUGAGGAAAUAGAGGAGCUUCUUCAGAAGAACAGGCCAAAGCUAUUCCUGCAUCUGCAAAAAAGUUCUGUGGAGGUGAAGUACUUUGCAUACAACUGGAUGUCCACCUUUCUAAUAAGAGAGUUUCUGCAUCACAAAGAAGUAUUUGAUGCGCACUUCUCCCUGGGCCCAGCUGAGUUCAUUCGGUUUAAUGUUUCAUUUGCCACUGCCCUCGUAAUAUAUUUGCAGGAGACUCUUAUGAGCAGUGAUUUUGAGGGAAUUCUGUACACGCUGCAGCGAAUAAAUGAGAUCGAAUGGAGCACAAUGGAGAUCCAAAGGGUUCUUUCAGUGAGCUACAUAAUAUAUUCUGGAGGGUCCCUCUAUGAAGACCUAAAUAAAAUAAAUAAGCCACAGUAA